AUGUUCUCUUGCUGCUCUCCUGCUGCAGACGUCGACCUCAAACUGUUGCUCUGCUCGGGAAAGAAGAACAACAACCCCGCACACCCAGAUUACACUGUGCUGAAGGAAUUGACUAAGAGUACCACACUUGAUCGCUUCAAGAGAGCACAGAAAAGAAAAGCACCAUCCACUACUCUAGUAUCACGAAAGGAAAGGAAGUCACACCGGGACGACAUAAAGAUGGAUAUUGGAACGCAGAUUUUGGAUCUCAAAGAGGACAUUUCGUCCCUGCGCAAUGAUACCAGAGCAGAUAUUAAAACCCUUCGUGAGGAGCUAACUGGGGAGCUAGCUAAACUUAGCAACAAACAAGCAGAGGCUACGCGGCAGAUGGAAGACAUGGGGAAUACGCUAAGCGACACGAUCGAUAGAGUCGCCGCAUUGGAGCACAACCAGCAGCUUAUGACCAAGAAAUGCAAGACUCUCCAAGAAAAAUGCGCGGACUUCGAAAACAGGAGCCGGAGAUGUAAUCUGAGGUUCGUUGGGGUUGUGGAGGACUCGGAGAAGGGGAAUAUGCUUACGUUUCUGCCGGUGUUUAUUCGUGAGAUACUGGGACGCGAAAACUUUGAUUCUCCCCUGGUAAUUGACAGAGCCCAUAGAAGUCUCGGUCCGAAGCCCGCUUCUACAGACAGACCACGCUCGAUAGUGGCUUGUUUCCACUACUUUUCGGAUAGACAGAAAAUACUAGAUCUAGCCAAAUCCAAGGGAAAACUUGUGUAUGACGGGCGACAGGUGCACAUCUUCCCUGACAUGACUCCUGAGGUGGGAAAGAUGCGCGCAGCCUUCAACGACAUAAAGAGAAAGCUCCGCGAUGCUGGAGUGUCAUACAGCCUCUUUUUCCCUGCGAAGCUGGUUGUCACAGUGAAAGGAGAAAGACAUUCAUUUGACUCACCUCAGGCAGCCGAGUCCUUCUACCAACAACAUGUGAAGUAA